AUGUCCAUCAGUACUGUCCUGAUGCCAGUCCAUGUCAUCGAUGGCGGAUAUGUCCCUGACUUGUGUCAUGAUAUUGCGAUCCGACGCGAUUCUCCCGUGCUUCACGCCUGCGCUAGCAACAGUGUGCCACAGGGUUGUACCAGGCGAACGAUCAGGCUCAGUAUUCGCGACCAGGUGUCUAAAUCAACAGCUACAUCUUCUCCGGGAACCUCGUGGGGUGAAUCAUCCAACAUAGACUCGGGCUGUGGGCAUUUCUGCAAAUUCAGGCAGUCCGAUGUCAUAACGGCACCACGCACGUGCAAGAAUGCCUACCGAAUUUGCCGGCAAGAGUUGAACUUGUCUUCUGUGGUGAUCAAUAUAUCUGAGCUCAUCUGUCUUGACAUUAUAAUGAAAAAGAAUUCUCGUCCCUGGCCGAGCCUUCUCCUGACUUCUGUGACAGGAAACGCGAUGCAAGAGGCAGUCGGAGUCGGGAGUUCGCGAAACAAGGAACGCAAAGGUUGUCAUUUUUCAGCCCGGUCCAAAGCAAAUUACCAUGAAAACCAGGAACUCCUGCCAUCUUGGACAUUCUGCAGUAGCGACCCUGGCUUUCCCAUCAAACCGAGCAUAAAUGGCUCCUCGGAUAGUCAAGGUACCGUCUGCUUCGUAGGGAGCGACAUGGUAGUGCAGCUCUAUAGACAGAGUUCAUCAUCUAACCUUGCAUCGUCGCCCCGUGAAUUAAGCGCUCACGAUUGCUACCACAAUGACACGUCCGAGUCGUAA